AUGGCGGCUGCGCCUCCGUCGGAUUCUGACGGCCGUCAAGCCGAGAGCAAGGAGGCCAGCUCGAAAUGGCUGGAUGCGCACUACGACCCCAAGGCCAACAUCCACACCUUCUCCUCCUGCCUGGCGCUGGCGGAUCUGCACGGCGACGGGGAGUACAAGCUGGUGGUGGGGGACCUGGGCCCCCGGGGCCGGCAGCCCUCCCUGAAGGUGCUCAAGGGGCCCACUGUGCUGAGUGAGAACCCGCUGCCCGCGCUGCCCACGGCGGCCACCACCUUCCUCAUGGAGCAGCACGAGCCCCGCACGCCUGCGCUGGCCGUGGCCUCGGGCCCCUGCGUCUACGUGUACAAGAACCUCAGGCCUUAUUUCAAGUUCACGCUGCCGCCGCUGCCCACCAACCCCCUGGAGCUGGACCUGUGGAACCAGGCCAAGGAGGACCGCAUCGACCCUCUGACCCUGAAGGAGAUGCUGGAGGGCAUCCGGGAGAAGGCGGAGGUACCUCUGUCGGUCCAGUCUCUCAGGUUCCUGCUGCUGCUGGACCUGAGCGAGAUGGAGGCGUUCGUGAACCAGCACAAAACGCGGCCCAUCAAGCGCCAGACGGUCAUCACCGCCAUGACCACCUUGAAGAAGAGCCUGGCGGAUGAGGACGCCAUAUCCUGCCUGGUGGUGGGCACCGAGAACAAGGAGCUGCUGGUGCUGGACCCUGAGGCCUUCACCAUCCUGAGCCAGAUGAGCCUGCCCAGCAUCCCCGUCUUCCUGGAGGCCUCCGGCCAGUUUGAUGUCGAGUUCCGGCUUGCCGCUGCCUGCCGCAAUGGGAACAUCUACAUCCUGCGAAGAGACUGCAAGCACCCCAAGUACUGCAUCGAGCUGAGUGCCCAGCCCGUGGGACUCGUCCGCGUCCACAAGGUCCUGGUGGUGGGCAGCACCCAAGACUGCCUGCAAGGCUUCACCCACAAGGGGAAGAAGCUGUGGACAGUGCAGAUGCCCGCUGCCAUCCUGACCAUGAACCUGCUGGAGCAGCGCUCCCGGGGCCUGCAGGCCACCAUGGCCGGGCUGGCCAAUGGCGAGGUCCGCAUCUACCACGACAAGGCACUCGUCAACGUCAUCCGCGCCCCGGACGCCGUGACCAGCCUUUGCUUCGGCCGCUACGGGCGGGAGGAUAACACUCUGGUCCUGACCACGAAAGGUGGUGGCCUGAUGAUCAAGAUCCUGAAGCGCACUGCGGUGUUUGCUGAGGGGGGCGGGGAGGCAGGUCCCCCACCGGCCCAAGCCACCAGGCUCAGUGUGCCACGGAAGACCCGGCUGUACGUGGACCAGACGCUGCGCGAGCGGGAGUCAGGCACGGCCAUGCACCGGGUCUUCCAGACUGACCUCUACCUGCUGCGCCUGCGAGCUGCCCGUGCCUACGUGCGCGCCCUCGAAUCCAGCCUGAACCCCGUGUCAGCGGCCGCCCGGGAGCCGCUCAAGCUGCACGCGGUGGUGCAGGGCCUCGGCCCCACGUUCAAGCUCACGCUGCACCUGCAGAACACGUCUGCGGCCCGCGCCGUCCUGGGCCUGCUCGUGUGCUUCCUGUACAGCGAGGCACUCUACAGGCUGCCCCGCGCCGUCUUCAAGGUCCCUUUGCUGGUGCCAGGGCUCAGCUACCCCCUGGAGACCUUGGUGGAAAGUCUCAGUGACAAGGGUGUCACCGAUGUCAUCAAGGUGCUGGUGCUCCGGGAGGGCCAGAGCGCGCCCCUUCUCAGCGCCCACAUCAACAUGCCCGUGAGCGAGGGGCUGGCGGCCGCCUGA